AUGACGCUAAAACCAGUCGAAAAGACAAAGGCAAAAGACGUUCCCCAACUGGCCUAUAACCUGGAGAAGGUUCUAUUCAACUCUGGACCUUACCAGCUCCAGGAUAGGCGUACCCAGGUCUACAACUUUGACCCUUACCUGGGCACAAUCAUGCCAGUCAAGGAGUUCGACUUCAAUGCCUUGAAGGAAUAUGUGACUUCGUCAAAGGAUGAAACCUUGACAAAGCUUUCUGCGAAGCACGGCAAGAAGUACUGCGGUUCAACUUCAAGUAUGACAUCCAUGCUUGCACACUUCCACUUCCUCUUGUCAGACUGGAGAAAACCAAACUUUGAGCAGUUGUCAAAAUCUUUCAGAAUUGAAUUUGAGUCGUUCACUCUGCUGACCCGAGCGCCUGUGGCUGCAUUCGCCCGCUACAAGGACGCAUGCUGGGGAAAUCUAUGGAGAAGCUCCUGA